UCAUGUUCUUCACGUUUGAUUUAAAUUGAGUGAAUAUAAAACAUCAAAUUUUCAAAAUGUCAAUGAUUGAAAUUGUCAUGAUAAUAUAUUUGUGUUGAAUUAUUUGAUUAAGAAAAGAUAUUGAAAUGGCUAAAAGAGUUGAGUCCUCUCUACUACACGAUGAUUACAUUGAUUUAAUUCAAUCGAUGUUUGUCAGUUCUAUACAAGAUCAAAGCAAUGGAUAUCAACUGUCAAAAAUUAAAAUAGAUAAAUCCAAUCAUCGCUUUAAAUUUUCGUUUCCAUACGUGAAAGAGUUUCGAGAUUGGGAAAUAGAGUUUAACCCUUUUCAUCCUGAACUCGGGCCUGACUUGCUCAUGAAAGAUGAGGAAUUAGCAGUUAAUGAACAAAAUACGUUGUUGGACGAUGAAAGCACGAAUAUUCUUAGUUGGGAUCCAUGGAACUAUUUAUCAAUCAAUAAAUUAGUAGAUAAUUUGUUAAAAAAUCAUUUACAAAAUCAGAUGCGUUUAUUGAAGAGCCAGGCUGAAAAAGUGGCAUUAGAGUUGGAACAACUUAAUGCCAUUCCAUGGUUGGAAAAUACACAAAUAAGUGUUAGUGACAAAAGUAAAGAUCAAAUAACGGUUAAACUUCUAGCCGUACUGAGUUGGAAAAAUGAAAAUUUUCUUGAAAAAAUGAAAUUCUGUUCCAUUGAAGUAUUAUUUCAAGUCAUGUAUUUAAACAUGCAAUGUGUACAUAUAACUUCUGAAGUAUAUUUGCCAUUACACUUUUAUGAAUUACUUAAUAAACCAAAAAUGAUACAUGUUCCCACUGAGACUACAACGUUACUUGAAAAUCUUCAUCGAAUAAAGGAACAUGUCAUGGAAAUGGUACUAAAUUCGCAUGAAAAUUGGAAAAAAAGGAAACAAUUUAUCUGUGCACUGAUAGCUUUACACAGUUCGACAAUUUUGGAAUACGAUAUGAAACACUACCAAACAAUUGCAUUGCGUUUAAAAAGCGAAGAUUAUCAUUAUAUUCUCAAGAUAUUUUUACCCCUAGAAUUUCCUAAAAAGACAUUCACAUUAUCAAUCAUUUCGAUUUAUAAUAUGACCGAUCAAGGCAAAACCAUUAAUAAAUUGAUUCGAAACGUACCUUUUAGUUCUACUUGGACUUUUAAACGAAUGAUUGUUGAAAUGAUGGAAUUUAUCAAUAAAAAAUCGAUAUGGUUACUACUAAAACAAAAAACAAGUCUUUAGUAGUUCACAUAAAAUAAGUAGAACUAAACAAAAUUUUUUGUAAAAAGUUUAAUUAUUAGCUAUUGGUAUCAAAAAACUCGAUAGUUUUAAACAAACAGUGAUAAAAAUAAGCUACAAUAUGGUGUUUUUCAAAGAAUCAAGCACAUUUAAUAUAAGUAAGUGAAAAAAUUAAGUGUUAUAAGUAAAUAUCAACUGUUGGAGCAUUAUUUUAACAGUGGUAGAAGUUGAAAACCAUUAAAAUGGUUUUCCUCACUAAAAAUUUUCAAAUGUUCUUCGAUGAAAAGUGACAUAUUUUUAAUAAUUUUAUUUGAAAAUAAAAAUACGAAAGUUACAAUUGAUUAUAAUUAAAGCUCUUCCUGUAUUCCCCGUGAUAGUAAUAUCAUUUUUAUUCUAAAUAAUCGUUUCUUUACUUGUUUUUAUUUGUUUGUAUUUUACAAACUUCUUCACCAUUGUAUGAGAUUAAAGUUAAUUCUAUCCUAUUUUCACUACUAUAACUACUUCGAGCAUUAAAGUAAUAAAAAAGUUAUAUAUAAUUACUUGGAGUACUGGGUGGUUCAAAAAUUUCAAUAAGUAGUUGAAUAGACAAGAUCCCUGUUAGAAAUGAAUAAAUAAAUUUAUACUUCAAAAUAAACCUGGAUUUCAUGUCUUUUUUUAAUAUCAUAAAAAGUUAAAAUUUUAUACAUGAUUCCAGGUGGAUUUGUGUGAAUUGAAGUGGGCUCCGUAUGAAUUGCUGCAUCAAUUGAAAUGUAGAUUUUGAGGUUGAUUUUUAAAAAGAUUUUCACUCUGUCAUUUAAUUUCCGUUUAUCAUAGAAAUCACGAAUAAA